GUUCAUUUCAGAGUCACGGAUGACAAACAUAUUUACAUGCAUUUAUAACCGAAUUCCUGGAAGAAAAACUGCGUCAUUUGAAGCAAUAUCGCAGAAACUUAAGAGUAAUUUAGCGUGUUUGUUUUUUAGCAGUACGAAGUGUGGUACUAAAUGUCUUGGAAUCAACGACCACCUGUAUACAACCAACCUUAUGCAAACCCACCUUCUUAUGCACCAGGAUAUGGCCAACAGCACCCUCUUCACAGACCUGGAGUACCAUAUCAACAAUCCUACAAUUCUUACGGUGCUUCAGGAGGGUACAAUACCAGCUAUCCAUCAUACAAUCCAGUAAGAUCUUCAAUUGGUCCACCACCCGGUGUGGACAUGGCUUUAUGGCAAUGGUUUCAGGCUGUAGAUCAAGACAAUUCUGGGAGUAUUAGCGCUGAUGAGCUACAAAGGGCUUUACUAAAUGGCAAUUGGUCGCAAUUCAAUUCAGAAACAUGUCGCUUAAUGAUUGGAAUGUUUGAUAAAGAUCGAUCAGGAACAAUUGAUAUUCAUGAGUUUUCUGCAUUAUGGAAAUACAUACAGGAAUGGCGAAACUGUUUUAAUAGGUUUGAUACUGAUCGCUCCGGUACAAUUGAUUCAAGAGAAUUGAACACUGCAUUUACAUCAUUUGGCUAUCGUUUGUCACCCCAUUUUACUGAUCUUUGUGUACGUAAGUUUGAUCGAAUGGAUACACACAGCAUGAAAUUUGAUGACUUUAUUCAAUGUUGUGUCAUGCUGAAAUCUUUGACUGAUGCUUUUCGAAAACAUGACACUACACAAAAUGGUGUUAUUCAAAUAAACUAUGAACAGUUUUUGGAAAUGGUCUUGAAUCAUACCUUAACAGGAUUGUAAACAACCAUACAAACAUUCAGGAUUUUUAAAUAAAUACUUCAAUAUACUUAUGAUAUUUAGUAUAAUCAACUCCUUGUAAACUGAGCAUUAUCACCCAAGUUAGCAUAUCAUGACAAAUGUAGUUUGUAGAUACACACUUAUUUCAAUUAUAAAAACAAUGAAUAAAGUUAAAGGAAAAACCA